AGGAAGGGAGAGCAAGAGAGCGACACAUUCACACACUCUCUCAAUCACUCUCAUACACACACAUCCAUGCACACACACACACACUCAAACUCUCACAUAGAAUCAGAGGUGCCUUGCUGAAGAGACUCUAAUAUGCACGCCUGCAGGAGUGAGGAUACUUUCAUCAGUGUGUGUUCUGACCGCAACUCCAGAAAAUUGGACUAAAAACGAACACAGGGACACCGGGACAGAUCCAAAGGAUGUUCUUCAAAUGGGACCUUCACAGCACAACAAGCAUCUGGUGAUGAUCGACAGCUAGAACCCGGACAAACAAAUACCUGCACCAUCUAUUCUUUACAUUCCUUUCUUUCCUCUUUCAUCCCUCCAUCUGUGCCUCCCUCUCUCCCUUCCUCCUCUCAGCUCAGCUGGUGUGAAUGACACAGGGCUACGGGUUCCUCAGCUCUCACCGCCUGGUUGUCUUACGGGAGUCUUGGUGUUUCCCUCAACUCUCCCUCUCUCUCUGCGCUUUCACUGGUUCAUGAAUGUCACCUCUAUCUGUGGAAGCGGCUGGAAUUUACAAACACUCUCACAGGAGCUGGUGGAGAGGGAGCAAAGGGGAAUGUCAAGAGGGCUGAGAAGGAAGAGAACUUGACCUCCGUCUGAUUCCUUUCAUUCUCAUCCAUCAAAUCAUUCCCUGCCCCAGACAUGAGGUCCAGGGUCGACCACAACUGUUUUUGACUUUUAGUCCUUGUCUCUCUUUUUGCGUUUGUUUUUGUGCUCCAGUCACAGUUUAAUGGAUGCAAUUCUUGGAAUCAGGUAACGGAAUUUCAGAGUUUCAGAAAGGUUGUCUCAGGAUAUUGUUCCUUUUUUCCAUGGGAUCAGUUUGUACACAUCCCUUGAUCUUCUGUCAUUAAUUUUUUGGGAAUUUCACUGAUUUGAGAAACCAUAUGGAUAGAGGGGUUGGACAUUGCCUGACCUUUUUUCUGGACUUGCAGAAUAUUUCUGAUGUGGGUGAUUUCUGAAGAUCGGCAGUCAAUCCAAAACUAGAGCUGAGGGAGAGAAGUGAGAAGCCAGGGCUUAUGCCAGACAGGCUGGGACAAAACUGCAGGGAUGAAACAGACAGAAAGUGAGUAUGGUGUUGCUGUGUCUGUUUCACUUAUCUUUCAAAAUACCAGUAUGGCUCCAUGGAUCAUCGACUCCCACUUUCCCAGUCCUGCUGUGCAAUGAGACCUGAUAUACAACACUGACACUGAACAAACAAUUUCAACAAUGACAGAUGGCAUUCAUCAAAAUCACAAUACCAGGAAUACUGCAUUCUAGGACCAGUUUAAUAGCCAAAUAAGUUUAUUGUGAGCUUCAAAAGUGUCCCCCCCCCCACCCCCCUUACCCUUAAACCAAGCCCCUUUUGUUCCUUAUUAAGUUGUAACACAUUCCCCCCCUUGCUAUUGUGAGUGACCUUGCUUUACUCUGAACAUCUGCCCUCGUGCCUGCUCCUCUUCUCCGUGACCCUGGGUGAUCGGACAGGUGUGUGGCCCACUGACGCCCUCUGUGCCCCACGGGUGAGCAGGGCACAGCAAAAUGGCUGCCCUCGCCAGCUCGCUGAUCCGACAGCGCAGAGAAGUUAAGGACCCCCAGGCCAACCGACAGAUCUCCAACAAACGCAAGCCCUGCCCUAAGAGCAACAAGUCACUCUGCCAGAAACAGAUUCUUAUCCUUAUCUCCAAAGUCCGGCUUUGUGGCAGCCGAGGGAGAAAGUUGGAGAAAAGACCCGACCCUCAGCUGAAAGGUAUUGUCACACGCCUGUACUGUCGGCAUGGCUUCUACCUGCAGAUGUUACCCGACGGCACCCUGGACGGCACAAAGGAUGAAAGCAGCUCCUUCUUGCUGUUCAACUUGAUUCCUGUGGGUCUGAGGAUAGUGGCCAUCCAAAGCACCAAGACGGGUCUCUACAUUGGUAUGAACAGCGAAGGCUACCUCUACACUUCGGAACAUUUCACACCGGAGUGCAAGUUUAAGGAGUGUGUGUUUGAGAACUAUUAUGUGACGUAUUCAUCAAUCUUGUACCGUCAAACAACAUCGGGUCGGGCCUGGUACAUAGGUAUUAACCGAGACGGACAAGUCAUGAAAGGGAACCGGGUCAAAAAGACAAAAGGUGCAGCCCACUUCCUGCCUAAACUCAUAGAAGUUGCCAUGUACAGGGAACCAUCUCUACAUGAUGUUGGUGAACAAAGCCCACCUAGAAAAACAGCAAAAACUUCAGACUCACCUGUCCAUAAAAAUGCCAAGAAAGACCUGCUUUCUGUACCUGCAGCAUCCUAGCAAACAAGAGAAGGAAAGCUUGGCUUGCACGGACAUGCAACAACAGAGGCACAGGGGGUACAAUACAAAUAAUAUUUGUGGUCUUUCUGCUGAUCCUCAGAAAUAAGGUAUUCCUACAAUGCAUCAAGGCUCAAAAGACCCUUGUUAACAGGUUUAAAGCCUAUCGCACUUCCCCUUGGUCUCUCCCACUUCCUUAAUCGAG